AAAAAUACUGAUUUUGGCAUUGCUGUCCACAUCCUAUAAAUGAAUAAACAAACAUGAAUUAUGUCACUUACAACUAUCUGAGCCAAAGAUGCCAAGCGAUGAUCCAUUUCUGUUUCAUCACAAACUCCAAUUCAGUUCCUUCCCACUUAUAUCAAGCAAUGGACUGGCUGGGGCAAAGAUAAUGGGAUCUUGCAUUGGUUUAACUGUAGUGAUGAAGACUUGUUGAUAAGAUCUACGAUCUCUCCAGUUUAAUCAUAUGCUUCAACUGCUCCAGAACAGUCAAAAAUUGCCUAGGUGCAAUAGUCAGAUCCAAUUUAGUUAAAUCACCUUCCGCUCGUUCACAUCCAGUGCCAUUAUCAUUACUGGGUUGUACGACAUUAACAUUCAGUAUAUCAGCAUUGACAAGAAACCUAAUGGGAUUAUUUAUCCCGGGAUUAUUUAUCAGUUCUUGUGGAUUCAAGGCUCAGUAUUCUACGUGUACUUUCCAAAACCUAUCCCCUCAUCCACAAGGCACAAGUCAGCCACAACAGUGGGCCUCGCUUGAUUAGCAUCCCAUCUACCACUGACACACUACCUCUGGACCGUACAUCAUCUAUAUAGAUACACUGCACCAAUUCACCAAGGACUCCACCCCGACGAUCUGUGAUCGCUACCAUUAAAUCAAGUAAGGGAAGACCUACAUUUUCCCUCCAAAUUACCCGCCAUCCUAACUGGAGACAAAUUGCGAUUCUUGGGUGCAGCUGGAACCAAACCCAAAAAUGUCAUAGGAAAAGCACAUUGAGAGAACUGCAGAUAAUCGAGGAAAUGUCUCACCUUCUGAAGGGUAGUGGGAAAUUGGCUACAAAUAUUGACCUCGCCAGCAACACCCGCAUAGUGGACUCUGAAGGACUGCCUAAGAAAAACACCCACGAGAGAAUAACACAGAGUGACCAUUAAACGGCAUCUGCCGAAUGUACUGGAUUAUUGCAGCAUCUUAGCGGUGUAUCGUGGCGGAUUUCCUCCACUUUUGGACAGUUCAUGCUGAAUGAUUGCCUUUUUUUAAUGUUGAAUUGACGUGUAUCUCAAUACCUGCUUCGCGUCGCCAAGAUCUUUCACUUGACGUGUGUCUCCCAAUGCAGAUGUUUGACGUGCUUUGGGAGCUCCAGCCCCUCCUGCAGCCAAUGACAACGUCUAUGUGGGGGGAAAAACAUUGCGUUUCACGUAGGCGUGAUCCUUGACGCUUCUAUCUCUGGUUGUUUCCAUGACUUCAGGUUAAGGGAUGUUUCUCGGCAGGCGCUAUUUGGAGCUGAAGGUUCCGGGCUGAAUGAGAGACCUUUGAUCAGCCCGGAGAGAGAGAGAUAGAGAGAGAGACACCAGUGUUGGAGGAAGCUCCCAAUUCCAGCUGGGACUAUGGUGAAGGCUCUCUGCGAUUUCCUGAUGUUUUUAACCCGAGUCACUGGGAAGAUCAAGAACCUUCUCUUCUGGGCUCUGGCGUACAGUUUUUGCGGGUUCUGUGCCUGCCUGGUUUUGCUAAAACUUCUGUGGCACAUCAUCAGGAAGCCGGCAGAAUCCUUUCAGUGGACUGAGCGCGAAACCCUUCCAGCUUGCCUGAACGACACGUCCCUGGGAACUCACUGUUACGUGCGAAUCAAGGAGUCAGGAUUGAGAUUCCAUUAUGUUGCUGCAGGAGACAGAGGAAAACCAUUAAUGCUGCUGUUACAUGGAUUCCCAGAGUUCUGGUUUUCUUGGCGUUAUCAGCUUCAAGAAUUUAAGUGCGAAUUCCGAGUCGUCGCAGUUGAUUUACGGGGAUAUGGGGAAUCCGAUGCACCCGUUGGUCGAGAAAAUUACCAGCUGGAUUGUUUGAUCACCGACAUAAAGGAGAUUGUGGAUUCACUCGGCUACAAGAAGUGUGUUCUGAUCGGCCAUGACUGGGGCGGACUGAUUGCCUGGUGUUUUGCCAUCUAUUACCCGGAGAUGCUGAACAGGGUUAUUAUUCUGAAUUGCCCACAUCCUGCAGUUUUUAGCGAUUACGUGAUGCGACAUCCCUCCCAGCUGAUCAAAUCAAGCUAUUUCUUCUUUUGCCAAGUGCCAUGGCUUCCUGAAUUUGCUCUUACGAUGAAUGAUUUCAAGGUGUUGAAGUACUUAUUCACAAGUCAGAGCACAGGCAUUAGGUCGAAAGAGUGCAGGAUGACAGCAGACGAGAUGGAAGCCUACCUGUACAUCUUUUCCCAGCGUGGCGCCUUCUCCGGACCACUUGACCACUUCAGGAACGUAUUCAGUAGCCUGCCCUUGAAUCAGAAUGAGGUGGUGUCACCCACCCUGUUAUUGUGGGGAGAAAAAGAAGGAUUUAUGGAGUUCAGGAUGGCUCAGCUCUCAAAGUCUUAUGUGAGGAAUUGUUUCAGACUGCAUGUCGUGCCCGAAGCCAGCCACUGGCUCCAGCAGGACCAACCACAACUGGUCAACCGCUUGAUCUGGGCAUUUCUGAAGGAAGGCAACCAGUAAAACGUACUGUCACUGAAGUAAGGCACAAAUAUUUUCAGACGGUUCCAGUGUCAAAAGUAAAUGUUUUCCUGCGUCUUUUCACUGUAACCUCUCCUCCUUACACGUGCUGUCUAAAAUCUAUGGUGCUGACUUAAAGUCUGCUUGUGAGGUUUGUACUUUUGCUGAUGCACUAUUUACAUGUAAUGCUGAGCAGUAACUAUUUAAAGCUGGGGUGUUCCCAAUAUGUCCCUACAUAUAUACUUAUUAAGAUUCCCAGUGACCUCAUUUCUGUGCAUUUAGACUGGCUGAGGAGUUCAAACAGGUUCAAGUUAUCUGCCCUUGGGAGUCAUUGACAAGACAAAUGAAUCUUAAACUGAUUCUGAUAGGCAAAGCAGGGUUGGGAGGAGAUAAAGAGCAAAAACUUUAUCUGAAAGGGAUCCGUCUUUUUAAAGCAGCAUCCUAGCGUAUAUAUUCCUGAAUAUUUGCACGUGAAAACACCAGCCUUAAUACUUGUAAAUAAGGAACAGUGAUGUCAUCAUGUAAAUGAGUGGUAUGUGCUCUUUACUUGGUGGUGCCUUUCACUAGAUUCUUCCUCAGAAAAUAAAUAUUAAGAGUGCCAUUUCUGAAAAUAUAAAUGGGAAUGUUUAUAUUUUGUAUUUAUAAGUUGUGUAGAUUGAUGUUUUUAUUGAUAAGGAUCAUGUAUUAAACAUAUUGCUGUAAUCACAAUCUGGUUUCCAUAUAAAAUGUAUAUAUUCAAGGUAGAAAAUGAUGAGCAGAUUACCUAGCUGUUAUAUUAUAUGUACAAAAUCGUUAUUAAGAUCAUGGAUGAUUUUGUAAUUAGGAACCAGUCUCUGCAAUGCUCCAUCCAGUUGGUCAUGAUGUACCAUGGCCCCAGUGUACCUCAUCUAUAAGAGGCACUGCAGUUGUUUGCCUUCAUCGACAGCACCUCCCAAACCAUUGUCUCCAACACUUAGAAAGACAAAGGCAGUAGGUACCUCCUGCAUGUUUCCAUUCAAGUCACAAACCAUUCUGACAUGGAAAUAAAUUGCCUUCUGUGGCUGGCUAUCUUUUGGCCACAGCACCAAUGAAUCGUCCUGGUAAUUACUUUGUAUUUAGAAUGUGCUGACAUUUUGGGUAGAAAUUCUUUCACAAUAUGCUUCGUCCAAACAUUGGCAAUUUGUGCUUGGUUUCUGAACGUGAGAGUAAUCACACUGUUAUUUGAUUUGACAUAUUAACUGACUGUACCUUUCAUAGAUGAUCCCAGGGUCUAUUGUUUCUACUUAAUAUAUUUAUUGAUACCAUUAGUGCUUUCGCUUUAUUUUUGUUAGCAGGAUAGAUGAAGUGGAUGGAAAGGUUUAAAGGGAUAGGUGUCAAAUAUUGGCAAGUGAAACCAGCAUAGAUUGGCAUCUUGGUUGGUAUGGACAAGUUGGGACGAAAGGCCUGUUUGUGCUAUAUGACUAUGACUCUUGGGUAGACAGCUACUUACUGCCAUCGAUUUUAUGUAUGUGACAUUAAUAUUUUUUAUUGUGAGAGAAUUGCCUGCUUACGUUCUGUGACUGAACUUCCU